AGCCGCUGCCGCGCCAUGCUCCACCUUAACGAGUUUUCCGGCCCCGACUCUCUUCUGGUCAAGUCCUCCGAGGGCUGUUGCUCGGAACCCAGCACCGAACUGCCCCAGCUGCCCGCCAGGGACGCGGCCGCUGGCUACACCGGAGCAGGCGACUUCUUGAGCUGGGCUUUGAGCAGCUGUGGCACCGGAGGAGACUUAGCCGACUCCUGCUUCCUGGAGGGGCCUGCGCCCACACCCCCUCCCAGCCUCAGCUACAGCGGUAGCUUCUUUAUCCAGGCAGUGCCCGAACACCCGCACGACCCGGAGUCACUCUUCAACCUCAUGUCGGGCAUCUUGGGCCUGGCACCUUUCCCUGGCCCUGACGUGCCAGCAUCCCGGUCUCCACUGGACGCCUCUUUUCCCUCAGGCCCCGACGCCUUGCUGCCGGGUCCCCCGGACCUUUACUCCCCAGAUCUGGGAGCUGCAGCCUUCCCAGAAGCGUUCUGGGAGGCCUUGCCCUCGGCUGGCGCCCCGUCGCAGUGCCUGUAUGAACCUCAGCUCUCCCCACCCGACGUCAAGCCAGGCCGCCGGGCUCCUCCGGCCUCCCCAGCGCUGGACACUGCCUCGGCCUUCAAAGGUCUCUACGCUCCCUGGGAGCUGCUCUCUGCCGGGGGCCCAGGGAGCGGUAGCUCACAGGGAGGCUACCAGGCCUCCUCCGAGGCCCGUUUCCCCGCCAUGGGAGCCAAGAUUGAAGAUCUGCUGUCUAUCAGCUGCCCCGCGGAGCUGCCGGCCGACUCGGCCAACAGAUUCUACCCUACGGGGGCUUACGAAGCUUUCCCGCUGGCUUCGGGUAACUUAGGUGAGGGGGUCGAGGGCCUCUCCGGGCUUUUGACCCCUCCUAGUGGGGAAGGAGGGAGUAGCGGCGACAGUGAAGAGUUUCUGGCGGGUGCGCAGCCUCAGCUCUCCCCCCUGAGCCUCUGCAGCGCCGCGGCGGACUUCCCGAAACCUGUGGCGGCGGACAUCCCUGGGAACAGUGGCGUGCCUGAGCCUCCUGGGCCGGCGGCCCCAUUCCCCUCGGUAAAGGCGCGGCGCAAGGGGCGCCGCGGGGGCAAGUGCAGCGCACGCUGCUUCUGUCCGCGGCCGCACGCCAAGGCUUUCGCUUGCCCGGUGGAGAGCUGUGUGCGCAGCUUUGCGCGUUCCGACGAGCUCAACCGCCACCUGCGCAUCCACACGGGCCACAAGCCCUUCCAGUGCCGCAUCUGCCUCCGCAACUUCAGCCGCAGCGACCACCUUACCACACACGUGCGCACCCACACGGGCGAGAAGCCCUUUGCCUGCGACGUGUGCGGCCGCCGCUUCGCGCGCAGUGAUGAGAAGAAGCGGCACAGCAAGGUGCACCUCAAGCAGAAGGCGCGCGCAGAGGAGCGGCUCAAGGGCCUUGGCUUUUACUCGUUGGGCUUCUCCUUCGCCGCCCUGUGAGGAAGAAAUAGGUUUGUAGAUUGGGGCACCGCUGCCCGGCGCGCAGGAGAACACAAGACCCGUCCCCCUUCUUCGCUCCUCUUCCCGGCCCAGCCCGAGGCCAGCCUCCGGUCGGCUUCAAAGUUCCCUUGAAGCUCCUGCCGCACACUUUCCGUUCAGCACCAGCUCCGUGGACAGCUCCCGCCGUCCAGGCUCGGUUUCCGCGUGAGCUGCGCUUGAGGGAAGUCCUGUCAGGCCACCCACUGAGCAGGUAUUUCUUCGGGAUUCAAGACCACGUUUUGUACCUGGCGCACCCCCAACACCGUCCGCUAGUUCCCUGCCCCGCCCCCAGACAGGCCGGGGCAGCGCCGAGCCGGUCUCGAGCGGUAUUUUGUACAGCAGUGUCGUUUCCAGCAGCCAUUGGAUGUAACGUUUUGCUUUGGGGUUAUUUCCUUUUGUUGUUAAUUUUUGUAAAGCAGACGCUACUCUCAAGCAG